UUUUUGACAGACACACUUAGAUCAAAUCUCACGAACAAAAUCAAACAAAAAAAUAAACUUUCCAAUGAAUUGCAUUUAUUCAUUUUAAUUUUGAUCAUAUUUCAAUAUUAGCUGCAUUUUACUGGAACUCAUAACAAAUGCCACAGACGGAUAUUGCAUUUUCAAUCGAAUAAAGUCAUCCAGACGAAGUGUUUGAUAAAAAGGUUUUUCGUUAUACAAUAAGAACAAAUAAAGUAAAAAUAAUAAUGACAGAUUUAAGGCAUCCAAAUAAUCCCGUCGUGUUUAUGGAUAUUCGCGUUGGACUCGAAAUCGUGGGACGCGUAAUCAUUGAACUGAGAAAGGAUGUGGUACCAAAGACGGUCGAAAACUUUCGUUGUUUAUGCACUGGUGAAAAAGGCAUCGGUGCCAAUGGCAAACCAUUACACUAUAAAGGUAUUAAAUUCCAUAAAGUUCAGCGUUUGUUUAUGGUGCAGGGCGGUGAUAUUGUUAAAAAUGAUGGUUCCAGCGGCGAAAGUAUCUAUGGGCCACUGUUUGACGAUGAGAGUCUAGAACUGCCACAGCAUGAAGCCGGAUCUGUCGGAAUGGCACAUUUUGGUCGGCCAAAUUCGAACAAUUCACAAUUUUUUGUAACAACCGUUGACAGUCCACAUUGUGAUGGUUCAAAUGUGGUAUUUGGCAAAGUGUUACGUGGUCUUGGUUGUCUACAAGAAAUGGAGAAAUAUGCAUCGGACGAUUCAGAACCAUUAUUGGAAAUGACUGUUGAUAAUUGUGGUGAAAUUUUGCCGGAAGAAGAUUGGAAUUAUUGUGAUAAUGAUAAAAGUGAAGAUAAGCUACCACCGUUUCCAGAAGAUUGGGAUGAAAAAACAAAGGAUUUCACAGUUGAAGAGGCUGUGCGUGUCCUCGAAUCGAUCAAAGCGGCCGGCAAUAUGUUUUUCAAAGAAAAGAAUUAUGUGGAAUCGUGUCGCAAAUACAAAAAAACUGUGCGAUAUUUCAAUUAUUUCAAAGAUAAACUGGAAACAAAAUAUCGCAAAGGUUUGACAGUCCAAAAAUUGCGAGAAAAAUUACAAUGUGUUUAUCAAAUAAAUUCGGUUGUUUGUUUGAAUCUUGCCGCUGUUGAACUGAAGCUAAAUAAUGUGGAAAAUGCAAAGAACGCUUGCGACGAAGUGCUGUCACUCGAUCCGUGCAAUGCAAAAGCUUUAUAUCGUCGUGGUCAGGCUCAUAUCGGAUUGAAAAAUUAUGACGAUGCACUAAUUGAUUUAGAACAAGCCUAUCGUUCCUUACCCAAGGAUAAAAACAUUCAAAACGAAUACCAACGAGCCAAAGAAAUUUGGCGCAACUAUCAAAAUCAGCAACGAAAUGUCUAUAAAAAUCUUUUCGAACGAAUUUAAGAAAACAAACACACACACAGAGACUCAAACACAAACCGAACAUUCAAUUUUACAAGUGCCUGAAAGUGUUCGAAAUUUACAUAAUUUUAUGGUAUAAAAUCCAUUCAUCAAUACCAUCGCAGAUUUAAAAAAAAGAAGAAAGGCAUUAAAUAAAAUUCUGAUUUUAUUACAACAGAUAAUAUAAUAAUUCAAAAGUGUUGGAAAUUUUUUCCAUUGAUUGGAUAUGGUAUUUCGCCUUUGUUAUACAACUCAACCAUAAACGCAUCAUUAUUAUUAUAAACGACUAUCUAAUCCAUUAGUAAAAUUAUACGCAAAUAAAAUUAGGAAUUUUCGGAUGAUGAAAAAACACAAA